AUGGAAAUGAAUGCUAAAUUCUCUAAGUCACCCAGUGAAAGGAAUGUCGAUGAAAGGGAGUAUCGACGAAGCAUUGGUUGUCUUCGAUAUUUGCUGCACACUCGCCCUGACUUAUCAUUCAGCGUUGGGGUGCUUAGUAGGUAUAUGCAAGAACCGAAGGAGUCUCAUGGUGCAGCAUUAAAAAAAUUACUGAGAUAUUUGCGUGGAACAUGUUCUCUUGGGCUCCAUUUCUUGUGUGGAAGAAAUUUGAAGCUGGAAGGUUACAGCAACAGUUCACAUAACGUGGACAUCGACGAUGGGGAGAGUACAACAGGCCAUGUAUUCUAUCUUGGAAAUUUUCCUAUAAUAUGGUGUUCUACGAAGCAAGAAAUAGUUGUGCUACCAAGUUGUGAAGCAAAGUUUAUGGCCGCUACGGAAGCCGCUAAGCAAGCCAUCUGA